AUGCCCGCCACCCGGGCCGCCGCCACGCGGCUGGAGAAGGGCGACGAGAGCAUCUUGGAGCAGCUUGCCGACGAGCACGUCGUUGCCUGGAUCCCCGAGGACACCAAUGCGACAUCUUGGUGCCGGGCUUCGCUGCUUCGCCGGGUCGCGACGGGCCCGAAACCGGCAUUUUUGAAGCUCAUCGCGCCGCUCCCCCUCUUCCCGGGCGCGUGCAACGUCGAGGCCAUUUUGGACAAUUUUUGGAGCCCGUUGCUCGGUGAGCUAUGGGCACCGCUGGUGCGCAGAUGCGAAUUCUCGGACUUUUCGAUGGAGCGCGUCCUCCCCGGCCCGUCCACACCGCGCCAUGUCAAGAUGGGCCUGGCCGUGUUCACCAUCGCCUUCUCGGAAGAGCGCGCACCGCCGACGAUGCUCCACUUCCGCCCCCCUCUGCUCCAGGCCGAGGCUGCUGCCGCCCCCAUCACAUUCGACAUGCGGGCUGAUGACGCCAUGUCGUUUUCGUUGCUGAUGCGGCAGCCGCUGAUGGCCGAAACGAUCUGGCGCAAUCCCCCGCGCAGCCCCGCCGCUGCGUCGGAAGUUCCGCGGGUGUGCAUCGACGUGUUGUUCCCCGCGAGCAACGUCGACCUGGACCGGGAAAUCGUCCGCCAGGUUCUGCGAAGGCUCCUGCCCUCCUCGACCUUCUUCGGCACGCAGGCGCUGUACUCCGCCGCCGAUGCCAUGACCUUGGAGGUCAAUCGUAUUUUGGCCUUGGCGCAGUAUUGGCCGCUGUGCACCCACCUGCUGGCAGCGAGCAGCAGCGGGGCGCUGUUGCUCUCCGGUGCCAGCGGAGACACCUGGGCGAGCACGAUGGACCGCGUCCUGCUGAACGACCCGUGCGCCGCCGCCACUCUCCUGCGCUGGAAGCCUUCCCGGGGUGGCCGGAAAGUGGCUACGCCCUCCGCCACCACCACGGCGGCGACGGCCUUGCGGAAGAAGGCUCACAAGCCUCCGGCGUCGAUGGACCACCUCGUGGAGGUGAUUCUUAAUGGGGAGCCGGGCCGGGAGGAUGGGGAAGUGGGGCGGCUGCUCAUGAACCACCUCGCCACGACGACCGGCCUCGGCCUCACCGGAAAGGGUGCCGACAGGACGCUGCAGCAUGGCGAGUUCGAGCGCGCAUCCCGGCGGAGCUCCAUGACGGCGCUGGUCGCCCGCGAGGUCGCUCAGGUGCACGCUGCGUUCCAUGGGCAGGUCAUCGCCGUCGGCCAGAUGAAGGUGGGCAUCGAGGUACUGAACGAGCGCUUCGACAUGACCACGGAAACGGGAAACGGAGCGCGGAGGCUGCCGUGCACGACGGCGAUCGUCUUCGGCCCCGACUCGGCCAAUUCAGCUUCCCAGCGGGCAGCGUUCUUCCCCGGGAUGUGGAUGGAGCAGGCCGCCGCGAUGGAAUUCCUCUGCGACUUCCGAGUCGGCAAGUGGAACGCCCAAGCGCUGUUCGCAGUCGACGCGGGGCGGCGGUCUCAGAAGAUGCAGUACCUCCAGCACCUCAUGAAGCAGUUGGACGUGUUACUGGUCACGGAGGCGCACGGCGCGGCCGGGGACCGCGCGCUUUGGCACGCCCCUGUAGGCUGCUCCGCCUGGCCCCGCAGCGACUUCCACCGCAUCUUUGCCCCCUUCCAGAUCGCGCUCUCCGGCGCGAGGAUUGCGAGCGCCGCGUGCACUAGCUUGGGGCGCGGGCAGCGGCUUCGGGGCCACCCCGACGACCAGGGCAUCCAACAGCUUGCGCACCUCACGACGGCCAUGCGCCAGGUCGGCCUGGACCUGGAGCGAGAGUGGUCGGGCCGCCCCGUUGCGGAGUAUUUGGAGGAUUGGUUGGGGGCCACUCUUCGUUUCAUCCGUGCCUUCGAGCGCGGGCUUGCUGGGGGGAUCUCGAACUGCUUGCGCCGAUGCCCCCGCAUUCGCGACCUCGUCGCCAACCCUUGCGACUUUGUGCGCAACGCGACGGCCGAACUCCAGCAGGUGCGCGCCCGCUCCGUGGAGCUUGCAAGGGGCCGCGCCCUGGGCGAGCCGGGCAGGUCCCAUGCCGACCUCAGGGGGUCCAGCGAGCUCCAGGCAGCUCGGGCGAGGACCCGGAACGCUCGGCUGAUCUUCCGACUCCGGCCAGGUCAUUUCGAGACCGCCCAUUCCAUCAUGGACAGGAAUGGCGAGCAGCGGACAGCGCCCGGAGAUAUGGCAGAGGCUUUGCAAUAA